UUACUGGUAUUUCUUUGUUCGAUUAGCCCCCUAAUUGAUGUAAAAUCAGUCCUGUUUAAGGUACAGAGAGGGAUCUUUUAUCCUACAGGCUACUGGAGGUGGACGAUAUACAAAAGAAAAUGUUGCACGUUGUUGAGCUGUUGAAAACAGGAGCUCUUUUAGAUACAGAACUUACGAAUGAAAUCCCAGAAAAUGAGUAUAUCAAAUAUUUUUCACCAGAAUACUUGUUGAAUAUUCCAAAUGGUUACAUGGAGAAUUUAACUAGCAAAUCAUAUCUUAGUACAAUAAAAAUGCAAGUAUUGGAAAAUCUUUGUAGCAUCCAACAUGCUCCAGGUGUACAAAUGCAAGAGGUUCCACCUGAUUUCUGUAUUCCUGAUUUUGAUGAAGAUGAGCAAAAUCCUGAUGAGUGCAUGGAUCGUAAGUAGAACUCAUGAAUAACGUGUACCCUCGAGCUGUGGCGCCAUUGUGUCCCUUAAUCAACACUCAGCACACCCAAGACAAGCAAAUUCAGCGUGACGAUGAAUAUUACAAUGGAGACAAUGAUAAUGGUCAUAACACGGCCAUUUGAAGUUUCUUGUACCAUUUUUUGUAGGUAGUAGUAUUAGCUUUUAACGUGUAGGAGUUGAUGCUGGCAAAACUCAGAAAUAUGGCUAACUCCAUCAAACAACAAAUGUGGAAAGAACCGCACUAUAGUUAUUGUUCAUACUGUUUUUAAAACUAUGGCAGCGGUGUUUAGGGAUGACAAUAGGUAUAGUAGAGUUAUGUCUUCCACACUGGAGAGGAGAGAUGUGGACAAUGACAAACCCAUCACUCGUGUUCUCUUUUGUGGAUCGCAUUUUCCAGCUUCACAAAAUUAUACUAGAGAAUACUUAGAGAAGUAUUCUUUUAUCCAGGUUGAUGAUGUGCCACUGAAGGAAGUUCCUGAUCAUAUUGGGAACUACCAUCUUUGUGUCGCAAAAAACAUGCGGUUUGAUUCAAAUGUUAUAUCUCGUGCAAAACAGAUGAAGAUUAUAAUGCAAUUUGGUGUUGGCCUAGAAGGAGUUGAUAUUGAUGCUGCUACAAAGCAUGGGAUUAAAGUUGCCAGAAUCCCAGGUGAUGCAUCUGGAAAUGCAGUAUCUUGUGCUGAAAUGGCUAUAUAUCUAAUGUUGGGCCUUCUCCGGAAACAGAAUGAGAUGCAAAUUUCUGUAAAGGAGAAAAAGCUUGGAGAGCCUGUUGGGGAAACACUGCUUGGGAAAACAGUCUUUAUAAUGGGAUUUGGAAAUAUUGGAAUUGAUCUGGCAAAGCGCUUGAAACCAUUUGGUGUUAAAAUUAUUGCUACAAAAAGGAGCUGGGCCUCAAAUUUGCAAGUUCCUGUCCCAAAAGCAUUUCCAAUUCAAAACGGGGUCGUUGAUGAUUUGGUUGACGAGAAAGGAAGUCAUGGAGAUAUUUAUGAGUUUGCAAGCAAUGCUGAUAUAGUUGUCUGUUGCUUGAGUUUGAAUAAAGAAACAGUUGGCAUUGUAAACAAGUCCUUCAUAUCUUCGAUGAAACAGGGAGCCCUUUUGGUAAAUAUUGCUAGAGGGGGUCUUCUAGAUUAUGAGGCUGUUGUGCAUCAUCUUGAGUCUGGACACUUGGGAGGCUUAGGAAUUGAUGUUGCAUGGACAGAACCAUUUGACCCUGACGAUCCGAUUUUGAAAUUCAAGAAUGUUAUAGUUACACCUCAUUUAGCUGGGGUUACCGAAUAUUCUUAUAGAUUGAUGGCUAAGGUUGUCGGUGAUGUUGCCUUACAACUUCAUGCCGGAAAUCCUUUCACAGGGAUAGAGUUUGUCAAUUAGUUAGCCAGAAUCAAACGUAUCAAUAAGGCUAUCAAAUAUAAAUGUCCAUUUAAGGUUCUGGCAGAUUGAUCCUGGGGCUGGCUCCUGCAGAAUCUGGGGGUUAAAUCCCUUAAUGGAUCACCUAGCAAUAGGACGAAAAAAUAGGUUCAAUAAAGUGCUUCGAGGAUCCUCCUGAGCACAUAAAUGUUCAAUAGAUUCUUGAAACUUGAUAUUUCCAUGUUUAAUAUAAUACUACUGAUUAAGUUUGGAUAUCCUCAAUAUUGAAAUAUAAGGUAGGAGAUUUAUUGACGUUUGAUCUUAACAUGGAUAGA